AUGUAUCGACUACUGGCAAUUCGUGAGGUCUGCAGUGUAGCCUGGAUAAAAUCCGAAGCCUCCACCAACCUCCAAUCAGCCAGUAUAAUUCCUGCUUGUAGGUGUAAUUAACGGAGUGAAGGGCUACUUCAAAUAAGGAUACUAAUAUAAAAGUGUAGGGUUCGUUGAAGUGGAGAUAAGUUGGCUGGAACAUACCACCCAUAGUGAAUGGAGCCAGUUUUUUGCUGAAAAUAAGGCGAAUUCCUCUCUCUCUCUCUCUCAAAAACAAAGGUCCCAUUCGCCUGGAGUCUAGUAUUCUCACUCAAAUGUAUCGUCAGAGACACCGCCAGAUAUGGGUGAUGACUGCUUAAGGGCUGCGCGACUUAUAGAGUGCCUUUGUUUCGUCAUUGCAGACUCUCCGCAAAUGACUGCGCAUUGUGCAGUAAUUGCUUAAUUUCCACCAUCCGACUCACUGUCGAAAUAGCAUAAACUACAUUGGUUGCUGGUUGGACAGUGAUUCCGUAAUUUGGCUCGCUGAAAUUGGCCGGUUCCCGAUAAUAGAGUCGCAACUUGCGAACUGACACCAUUUGCCUUCACAACCGCUCACGUGUUCGGUCAUCCGUGCCACUGUACAGGAUUGAAGUGUCAGAAGUAUAAGGGUCUUGCUUUAAUGGGCACUUGUCUUGCCCAUUUGCUUUUUGGAAUCCGCAUUUCGCUCGUAGUAACUAACCUUGUUAAGCUGUGUAUGGACAUGGUAACUUUGUCGAAGUUUCGGGCCUUAGAUGAACUAGUCUCUAACAGCCAUAUAACAGAGAACCCCAACGUAUGCUUGAAGUUGAGUUGGAAUAAUCUUUGUUGAUGAACUCUCCGAUGAUUCUAGGCAAAAACUAAUUCGUUUUAAAGUCUACUUCACAUCAAGCAACGCCUCUGUUCCGGUGUUAUCUUGCACGCACAUCGGGAAGCAGUACGAGGGAAGUCCGCUCUGAUUGCCGUCAAUGCGCCCUAGGUUCAAUUAGCUCUCCUGUCAAUCAUUGUGCGCAUUUGACGUAACCUUCGGCUUGCUGACACCGUGAGGCUGAUCAGUGUUUAUGUCUUCAACAACUGGAUGCGAUCGCACCAAGUCCAGGCGCACGCAUGCACUUCGCGCCGGAGCCUUAAACGACUUGCCCCCAGUGUGUGUGGAGCAGCCUGCAGGCCUUCUAGUCUCGCAAAGCCUGUCCGCCUUUCGUAACUCCUUGGGAACCUAGAAAGCACUAGGUAUUCUAAGAUACUGUGUCUUUUGGCAGCCAUGAACAGCUGCUCGGCAGCAUACGAAGUUGGUCAGCCGAGUAACAAUCAUUUCAUGCGCACUUACAAUUAUCUUGUUUAAAAAGGAUUUUCCAUAGGGUUUGGUUCUUAGAGACGCCAAGUGUAAGCUGCCUUUGACGUGAAAUUAAACUCCAGUUUUAGAGCGAGCUGCUUUACACUUCCUGUUUAAAAGGCGCUAUCGGUGCAUGAUUGCAUUAGCCGUCGUGAAUUAUCAGCUGAAUAUGCAAAUCUAAAUUUCGAAAUGCGUUUUCAUUUUGAAAAGAUUAAUAAGUAUGGUUUUAAAACAGCUAAUCAUACAGAAUAAUUCUAUAAUAAUUCGGGUACCUCAAAAUACUGGCUUUCGAACGAACAUAUUUUCGGACGCGUACAAAACCCACACUCGGUAAAAUGGUUACUUAAGUAGUAUACAUUUUUCUCAAUUAUUUUCGACACUCUUAAAUAUUCAAUUAUACUUCAUGAAAACAUGCAUAAAAGUGUUCAUUCCUUUGCUCGUGCGAUAGAGAUUUAAGUCUUCUUCCACUUUUGUACUCGAAAGAAGGGUAUAAUGCGGUCUUAAAAAGUUUCUAAUUGUGAGAUGUUUUAUACCGUGAAUUGCCCGUUCAUAAAACAUCGUGUCUCUGUAUUUACUAAUAUUGCUUGCAAAGUUUACAAUAUGGCUCGAAUCCACCGUUAAAUUUUAUGAACACAUAAAAUUUCCUCUUAGUACUUUAGAGAAAUGUAUGGUUCGCAGUACGUUGAAGAAAUAUGGUUUGUAGCUGGGAACCCUGAGUGCAAGUGUAAUGACUGGUCGUGUUCAAAGGAGACGUAACCUUCUAACAAAUGAAUAAAAGAAUGAAUAUUUUUAUGCAUGAUUUCCAUGUUAUAUAACGAAAUAUGUAAGAGCAUAGAAAAUCAGUGAGAUUAAUGCAUGCAACAUAAGUGGUCAUUUUUUCAUUGUGGGUUUGCAUACGUUCGGAAAUAUGUUCGCUCGAAUGCGGGCAUUCUGAGAUAACUGAAUUAUUAUAAAGUUAUGAUAUAUGGUGAUUAAUUUCGAAACACUGCAUAAGUAAUCUUUUCGAAACGAAAACGCAUUUCGGAAUUUCGGUUAACAUUUCAUGAGCUAACGCAACCACUGUAUCCCGUUGAAAAAUGAUUAUGCACCGAGGUUAGUUCUUAAGCACGGCAAGUGGAAAAUGACCUUGACGGGAAAUUGGACUCCAGUUUUUAGAACAAGUCGUUGUACACCUGCUGUUGCAAAGAGGCUAUCGGUGCAUGCUUGCGUUACCUGUCGAGAAUCACAAGCCGAAUGUGUUUACCUAAAAGCCAACGUUACUUCCUGGAUUGCGCAUUGUAAAACAACCCUGCUUCUUUUUUUGCGUUUGGUGUGCGCAGACGCCACUGUUCUAGUGUUAUCUUGCACGCACAUCGGGAAGCAGUACGAGGGAAGUCCGCUCUGACGGCCGUCAACGCGCCCGCAUAACCACAUCGCCCUAGGUCCACUUAACGCUCCUGUCAAUCAAGGUGCUCAUUUGACGUAACCUUCGGCUUUCUGACACCGUGAGGCUGAUCAGUGUUUAUGUCUUCAACAACUGGAUGCGAUCGCACCAAGUCCAGGCGCACGCAUGCACUUCGCGCCGGAGCCUUAAACGACUUGCCCCCAGUGUGUGUGGAGCAGCGUGUAUGCCUUCUAAUCUCGCAAAGCCUGUCUGCCUUUCGAAACUCCUUGGGAACCUAAAAAACACUAGGUAUUCUGUGCAUCUUCGUACGGGAGAAUGCAAACAUAGCUAAGAAUCCUUGACUUUUGGCACCCAUGAGCAGCUGCUCGGCAGCAUACGAAGUUGGUCAGCCGAGUAACAAUCAUUUUAAACGUACUUACAAUUAUCGCGUUUAAAAUUGAUUAUACACAGGGGUUGGCUUUUAGGGAAGCCACGUGGAGGGUGCCUUUGAUGUAACAUUAAACUCCAGAUUUUAGAACGAGCUGUUUUACACAUCCAUUUGAAAAGAGGCUAUCGGUUCAUGCUAGCAUUUGCCGUAGCGAAUUAUCAGCUGAAUGUGCUAACCUAAAUUCCGAAAUGCGUUUUCCUUUAGAGAAAAUUACUUAAGAUGGGUUUUAAAAUCCAUCAUCGUGCAGCAUAAUUCUAUAUUAAGUCAGCCAUCUCAGGAUGCUGGCUUUCGAGCGAACAUCUGUAGUAAAUGUCUACUUAAUUAGCAUGCAUUUUUCUCAAUGAUUUUCGAUGCUCUUAAAAAUUUAAUUAUAUUUCAUGAAUAACAUGCAUGAAGUGUUCAUUCCUUUGCUCGUUCGACAGCGAAUUAAGUCUUUUUCCAAUUUUAUACUCGAAAGAAGGGUAUAAUGCAGUUCUUAAAAAGUUUCUAAUUGUGAGAUGUUGUAAUACCGUAAAAUGUCCUUUCAUAAAACAUCGUGUCUCUGUAUUUACUAAUAUUGCUUGCAAAGUUUACAAUAUAGCUCAAAUCCACCGUUAACUUUUAUGAACUCAGAAAAUGUCCUUUUAAUAUUUUAGAGAGAUGUACGGUUCUCCGUACGCAGAAAAAAUAUGGUUUGCAGCUUGGAAAACUUGAAUGCAACUGUAGUGACAAGUCGUGUUCAAAAUAAUUUGGGAAUUGGAAAGGCUUUUUUAAAAUCGAAUUGUACCCUUCCUUCAUGUACAAAAUUGAAAGGGGACGUAACUUUCUACCGAAUGAGUAAAAGAAUGAUUUUUAUGCAUGAGUAAAAGGACGAAUAUUUUUAUGCAUGUUUUCCAUGUAAUAUAACGAAUUACGUAAGAGCAUCGAAAAUCAAUGAGAUUAAUUCAUGCAACAUAAGUAGUCGUUUUUCCAUUAUGGGUUUGCAUGCGUUCGGAAAGAUGUUCGUUCGAAAACCGGCAUUAUGAGAUAACUGAAUUAUUAUAGAAUUAUGAUGCAUGGUGAUGAAUUUUGAAACACCGCAUAAGUAAUUUUUUCGAAACGAAAACUCAUUUUGAAAAUUCGGUUAACAUUUCAUGAGCUAACACACCCACUGUAUCACGUUGAAAAAUGAUUAUACACCGAGGCUGGUUCUUAAGGACGUCAAGUGGAAGAUGACCUUGACGUGAAAUUGAACUCCAGUUUUUAGAACGAGUCGUUUUUCACUUGCUGUUUCAAAGAGGCUAUCGGUGCUUGCUUGCGUUACCUGUCGCGAAUCACAAGCCGAAUGUGUUUACCAAAAAGCCAACGUCACUUCCUGGAUUGCGCAUUGUAAAACAACCCUGCUUCUUUUUUGCGUUUGGUGUGCGCAGACGGCCUGGUGAGCUGUGUCAGUCCCUUUUGUCCAAUCCACUGAUUGACAGACUCCGACGGUCGACUGGGACAAGACAAAGGGGAAAAAGGCAUAAUAAUUUCGAAGCGUUCGAAAUUAUCGCGAUGACCUAGAAUUCGUUGCUUCAAAAACUGCCAACUGAUACGGUCAGUCGAUCCUUGCGGUCAGUGCUUCGUGCGCUGAUUGGCUAUCUGGUGGACUGACAGUCAGGUCGCGAUGAUCCCUCCUGAAUGUGGUCUCCACGACACUCCCUGUCCGUUGGGAUCCGAUUCGGUUCCUGUGAAAACUUUGCCCACUGCUGGUCGGUCAGCUUGUGCGUGGCUCGCGUAGACGGGCUGUCUGAAAUUUUCAUUCAUUACGGCUGUUUCCAGCCCCGGUCGUUCCGAAUUUCUGUUGUCACCGGUGUCAGUGCGACAGAUGCCACACUGCCGUUAGCGAAGGUUGUAGAACAUUCCAAAUGCUCGAUAAACGACGGUGCAGAGGACUUUACAGAUUCAACUGUCGCUUUUCGCUCCAAUCCACUUAUAGGUAGUUUCACCCUUCGUUGCAGGCACCCGACUAUGCGUGCUGACACAGAUAACUGCCUCUGGAUAAUUAAAGACCGCUGCACUGCCGGAGCAGCAAUAACUACGUUGUCUUAAUUGCCGAAUCCGGAAGAGAGGAAAGAGAGUUUUCGCUUCCUCUUCAACCGGGCAAUUUUUGCGGCUUUUUUUCAUGGUCGGCGUAAAAAGUGACACUCCAAGCUAGGCUGAAACGCUGGCACUGCAAAGACGUUGUCAGAAAUCCUCCUCAAAGCGGAUGUGAGGCACAAUUUGCUGCCAGUUUUUGCGCAAAGCACGAGGAGCAGUCACGUCGGAUGGGAAGUUGUCGUUGUAAGGAAAGCAGUCUCAUCACUGCCGACCAACAGGGAAAUCGCACAGACGACUCUGAAUGCUGCCAUGCUUAGGCGGGGUCACAGCCCUUAAAGAGUGCUACGUGUCAUCAUGUUACCAAGAAACCACAAUACACAGCAAACUGGCAUGCAUUUAGGACGGAUAACAUCCGGGAAGGCAAUCUUGUGCUCGAUGCAUCUUUUCCUGCAUCUACAUAGACCAGUCUCAGUUUACCCACAUUCCUCUACAUGUAUGCCACUUGCCAUUAUGUGACGAAAAGAGUCAGAGAACUUUCAAAGGUCAAAAUGCAAGUGUUGGAGUUGGAAUAAGGGUUUACCCUGCUGCGGAUGGCCUAUCCCUCUGUCCUAUCUCUGACACUGAACGCAACCAUUGCUCUCCUAAUCCUAACAUUAACCCCAACAGUAAUCCUUACGCCUCCCUAGACUUUAGCUCAAUGCCCCCUGUACUUUUUUUCUGCCGGUUUCCACACAUUAUUUUGCAGGUAUGCUCGUUCACGCAAAUUUUCGUUUCUAGCUGAAAACUUCGAAUUUAGUAACGUUUUUGAGAUCAUUCGUAAACUAGACUCCAAAAAUUCCAAGCUCUAAUCGGACUUGUUGGACAUCUUUGGAUUAACUGCGCCUCUCGAACUGCAUCAACUAUCGUCCCCCGUCCGCUUCUUUUUCCUCCUCCUCCUCCUUCAGUGCUCCAACGGCGGCCGCUCAGGCGACUGUCACGCGCGCAACAACCGACACCGCCACCACCACCUCCCCCGAGUCCAGCGAUGAGGAUCAGGAGUACACCUGCCCUCACUGCGACCGCACCUUCACCUCACACAUCGGCCUGGUCGGUCAUUUGCGAAUCCAUCGCACAGAAACUGAUGAACCAGUGCCUGAAGCACCAACCUACACCCGCCGCACUCGCCUCCACUGCCCACACUGCCCAUCGCAUGGGCCUUUUCGGCCACAUGCGCAUCCACGAGAGCGGAAUUGACCGCAACUCCGACACACUCACGACACCCAGCACAUCCACCGGGCCCAGUCCGACCCUCGCUCCAUUGCCGUGCGCAACCAUCACCACCAACACCAUCACCACCAUCACUGCCUCCUCCGGAGCUGACACUGACGACGCCGACAUCACAUGCCCACACUGUUCAUGCACAUUCACCUCACGCAUCGGCCUGGUCGGUCACUUGCGAAUCCAUCGCACAGAGACUGGCGAACCAGUGCCUGGAGCACCAACCUAUACCCACCACGCUCGACUCAACUGCCCACACUGCCCUCGCACCUUUAGGCAUCGCAUGGGCCUAUUCGGCCACAUGCGCAUCCACGACGACCUGCGGUAG